AUGCCACUUUUUGGCUGGAUGAAGUGGCCAAAAUAUGAUUCCUACAAACCCACACACUACCCUGGCUCCGAAGCCGUGACGAAGACUCUGCUUCGGGAACUGAAGUGGCAUCUGCAGGAGCGAGAGAGAUUAAUACAAGAGAUCGAAAAUGAACAGAAAGUGAGAAAAACAGGUGUGGAUUACAGCUGGCUGAGAAACUACCAGAAUCCCUACACGACCAUCCCAGCUACCGAACAAAGACAACUUGAAGUCCUUUGCUCCCAAGUUCAGCCUUGUCAAACUGGAACUAUUCUCAGCAGAUUUCGAGAAGUUUUAGCAGAAAACGAUGUACUGCCAUGGGAAAUAGUCUACAUCUUCAAGCAAGUUCUGAAAGACUUCCUAACCAGUCCUAGCAAAGGUAACCAGCAAGAAGGCCCAGAAGAGUCAGGGGACACAGACUGUCCUGUUCCGUCUGUGAUCCUGGGCACAAGCUCCAGGAGUUCCGAUAAAGACGAAAUACCCACGAUUUCCAGCUACGUGGACAAAACCACAAAGAACAAGUUCCCAGUGUUCUCACAUAGAAUAUGGAACCUACCCUAUUAUUACCCAUCAAGUUAA